AUGAAACGGGGAGGCUAUAGACGAAAUCGAUAUAAAGGCCACCGCUCUUCACAUACCCGCUACGGGCCCUAUGAAUAUGACGAGUCGAGCGAGGAUAGACCGGAUUACGACGAUGGCUAUUUGACCCCUGGGCCACCACCAAGACGCAGUAGCAACUCUAAGCAUAAUGGUAAUCCGCGACUGAAGUCUGCGCCUAAAAAGUCGCAACCCUUCCAAAGGCAAGCAAAUCCUUUUCAACAAUCCUCCUCGCACACUCAUAACGAUGAGCAGCAGCCAUCGGGAGAGCAGCCCGAAGAAGAGGGGAUCCAUCAUUAUCACCACCACAACCACUAUUAUCACCAUCCCAACGGCACCUCGCCCCUCCCAACGCAAACCGCAACAGGGAUGAAUAACGACAUAAUGAUGACCGACUUCAGCGCAAUAAAUGCUCUCGAGGGACGCCUCUCCAAGCUCGGGAGUGAGAUAUUAGAAUUUCUAAAUGCCAUGGCAAGCCAGAGUAACCAGACGAAAGAAUUCAUCGGGAGUUUCGUUAACUACUUGAGACAGGCACAUCCCGAUUCCGAGCUUAGCAGAGUUCUGGGCGGUAUUCCCUCUCAGCAAAACAGACCCCAAGCUCCCGCCAUCGCUCCCACCGUCCCUCCCGGCCCCCCUCCCGCCAACCCUUUCACCGUUCCCGCUAUCACUGUCACUGCCCCAACUCCUCCCAAUGCCCCGACCAACGCGUCGGUUGGCCGGACGGGCGCGUUCGGGAGAAGCAGAAACCGGGGUGGUUCGGUCGACUCGGAAGACGGUAGAAAUAUGACCCCAAUAAUGAAGAGACAGACUCGUUUUGUGCAAUAA